GAAUAGGACACUGGCCGAGGGUACCGAUUUUGUGGAGAGCUUUCUCUUUCCCCUUGUGUGCAGGAGUCUAGAUCGAGUCCAUCAGGUUAUUCCAUCUCUCUCCUCCAUUCUUCAGAGCACGCGAGUUGGUGACGCUUACGCAAGAUCACGGUGCGCAGCCGCUCGACUCUGAAAACGCGUUGUCCUACACAUUAUUUUCGUCUGGGUGGGCUAUCCCAAGCCAGCCGCCACAGGUGCGCGCUUGCCCUUGGCGUUCCAUAUGCUUCCGCCUCCUCUACCAGCUGACUCGCCACGCCCUCCCGUCUCUCCCAAGCCGUCGCUCUGUCGUGGUUCGCACCGCCCGAUCCCCAGGGUGUCACGCCUUUCCGCUGCUCGACCACGUUGGCACGCGUGUACAGUACAAUCGGCGUCGAGGCAUUCUCUUCAAUCUCUGCUCGCGCGCGGUGGGUGCCGGCGCUCACGAGAAGGAGAGGGCGGGCCUCUACUUCGUCCGUUGCGAGGCUGGCUUGCUGGCCACCCCGCGCUCGUACUCUCUCCUCUAAAGCUGUGUCGCCGUCGUCAUGCGGGCCGCUGGAUCUCCAAGGCAGCCAGCAUCGCCGCCCGGCCCGUGCAUGUCGGCGGGCGUGUGCAGGCGGCGGCGACGCGCCUUCUCAGCGGCCCCUUGGGGGUGUAGACAAGACUUCCCUCGCGCUCUCGGUCUUCCUGCUUCGCGAGGCUUGUUUUGCUAGGGCCCACGACAGGGCUGAAGUUAGGCGUGGAGUUUCUUCGCUGAGGG